ACUACAGUAGUUGGGGGAAACCAUGUGAUGAAGCAUAGGACCACUAUUUAUAGUCAACAGAACAACAGCAAAGAAGUUUAGAUCUUUAAAUACGAGUCUUAAAAUGGCAAACAUGGAAAUAUUAACUGUCCGAUCAUCUGUGUUAACUCUUCUGCUGUAUCCACAGAUCAUCACAAUGUGGACAGACUACCAUACAGUAAAUGUCCUGGCCUAUACUCGCAUGAUGGGAAACGGGUCCAUGGAUCAGGCAGUUGUUGUUUUGGUGAAUGACAGCAUAUUUGCAUACUUUGACCAAGAGAAUAAAACGUUUGCCCUACGCCCCAGUGCCAGCGCCGGAUUUUCUGUUUUAGAGAAGCGGGAUAGCAUUUUUUGCCUGGGCGAGGUGACAAAGGGAUUCUAUCGACAAGCUGAAUACCUGGAAAAACUCAAAGAGGAAACAAACUCAUCAAAGCCACUUUUGGUACGCCCUUCGGUCAAUGUGUAUACUGAGUUUCCUGAGGAAGAAGGAAAAGCAAAUGUCCUUUACUGCUAUGCCACGGGGUUUUACCCUGGUGACAUUGAAAUAAACUUUUUUCAAAAUGGCCAUAAGUCAAUUGUAAAGGUAGAGACCUCUGACUUAAUGUAUAGCAAAGACUGGACCUUCAGAGUGUACAAGUACAUGACUAUCACCCCGCGGACUGGAGACGAGUACACAUGUGAAGUGAGACACUGUAGUAUGGCUGAACCCACAAUUAAAGCAUGGAGGCCUGAGUUUUCAGCUGCACACACACCACAUCUCUACUGGGCUUGUUCACUACCUCUCGGGGUCCUGUUGGGCAUCAUGACAUCUGUCCUGAUUUUAAGAAGAAAAUGGAAUUCUCAAUUAUGAUGUUUUUUGAAAAACUGCAUGUUAAUCUUAUUAACUCAUUGAUUUAGGUAAUCUAUUCGAGGAUCUUUCAAUUAUUUUUUAGGCCUACUUCAUGUUUAAUUUUAAUCUUUAUUCUGUAAAUCGGUGUUUGCAUAUCCUUUGGUCAUUAUUAAAUGAAAAAAAUAAAAAAAUAAAAAAAAAUUCAAUAUUUGCUGUGCAAGA